UAUAGUGAAUGCAGGGUCCGGAGAAAGCAGAUAUAGUGAAUACAGGGUCCGGGGAGAUCAGAUAUAGUGAAUGCAGGGUCCGGGGAGACCAGAUAUAGUGAAUUCAGGGUCCGGAGAAAGCAGAUAUAGUGAAUGCAGGGUCCGGGGAGACUAGAUAUAGUGAAUGCAGGGUCCGGGGAGACUGGAUAUAGUGAAUGCAGGGUCCGGGGAGAGCGGAUAUAGUGAAUGCAGGGUCCGGGGAGACCGGAUAUAGUGAAUGCACGGUCCGGGGAGAGCGGAUAUAGUGAAUGCAGGGGUCCGGGGAGACCAGAUAUAGUGAAUGCAGGGUCCGGGGAGACCAGAUAUAGUGAAUGCAGGGUCCGGGGAGACCAGAUAUAGUGAA